GUUCGAUGAGAGUGGUGAUAAUGCGGAUGAAGAGAUGAGCCAGAGAAGGAGGAGGUUGUGGCGUGUGGCUCCAGUUUUUGUCUCGGAAUGGGAAAAGUGGUUGGAUGAGCAGAAGAAGCUGGCUAAUGUUUCCUCAGACUCUCCAGUGUAUUUGUCUCUGCGUUUGGACGGGCGUGUAAGAGGAAGUGGAGUGGGUUAUCCUCCAUGGCAAGCCUUUGUUGCACAGCUUCCUCCGGUUAAAGGAAUGUGGACCGGUCUUCUUGAUGGUAUGGAUGGUAGAGUGUAG